GGGCGGGGGGCUGGCGGCAGCGGCGGAUGGACUCGCGGGUAUCGGAGCUGUUCGGCGGCUGCUGCCGGCCCGGAGGGGGCCCGGCCGUGGGCGGAACCCUCAAGGCUAGGGGCGCCGGCGGCGGCAGCAGUGGCUGUGGGGGCCCGAAGGGGAAGAAGAAGAACGGAAGGAACAGAGGGGCCAAAGCCAACAAUCCUCCGUACCUGCCCCCCGAGGCUGAAGAUGGAAACAUCGAAUAUAAACUGAAGCUGGUGAAUCCAUCCCAGUACCGCUUUGAGCACCUGGUGACACAGAUGAAGUGGCGGCUCCAGGAGGGCCGCGGUGAGGCUGUCUACCAGAUUGGGGUAGAGGACAAUGGGCUGCUGGUGGGGCUGGCUGAGGAGGAGAUGCGGGCCUCCCUCAAGACCCUGCACCGGAUGGCAGAGAAGGUUGGGGCAGACAUCACUGUUCUCCGGGAGCGAGAAGUAGAUUAUGACAGCGACGUGCCCCGGAAGAUCACUGAGGUGCUGGUGCGAAAGGUCCCUGACAACCAACAGUUCUUAGACCUCCGUGUGGCCGUCCUGGGGAAUGUGGACUCAGGGAAGUCGACUCUGCUUGGAGUCCUGACCCAGGGAGAGCUGGACAAUGGGCGGGGCCGGGCUCGACUCAACCUUUUCCGCCACCUGCAUGAGAUUCAGUCUGGCCGAACCUCCAGCAUCAGCUUCGAGAUCCUGGGCUUUAACAGCAAGGGAGAGGUGGUGAAUUACAGUGACUCACGGACCGCAGAAGAGAUCUGUGAGAGCAGCUCCAAGAUGAUCACCUUCAUCGACCUGGCAGGCCACCACAAGUACCUACACACCACCAUCUUUGGCCUCACCUCAUACUGUCCCGACUGUGCCCUGCUCCUCGUCAGUGCUAACACUGGGAUUGCCGGCACCACAAGGGAACAUCUGGGGCUGGCCCUGGCCCUGAAAGUGCCCUUCUUCAUCGUGGUCAGCAAGGUGGACCUGUGUGCCAAGACCACAGUGGAGAGGACGGUACGGCAGCUAGAGCGGGUCCUCAAGCAGCCUGGCUGCCACAAGGUCCCCAUGCUGGUCACCUCCGAGGAUGAUGCUGUCACUGCUGCCCAGCAGUUUGCCCAGUCCCCCAAUGUCACCCCUAUCUUCACACUGUCCAGCGUGUCUGGAGAGAGUCUGGACCUGCUCAAAGUCUUUCUGAAUAUUCUGCCGCCACUCACCAAUAGCAAAGAGCAGGAGGAACUCAUGCAGCAGCUCACAGAGUUCCAGGUGGAUGAAAUCUACACAGUACCAGAGGUGGGGACAGUUGUUGGAGGGACACUUUCCAGUGGGAUUUGCCGUGAGGGGGACCAGCUGGUGGUGGGCCCCACGGAUGAUGGCUGCUUCCUGGAGCUGAGAGUAUGCAGCAUCCAGCGCAACCGCUCUGCCUGUCGUGUGCUUCGAGCUGGUCAGGCUGCCACAUUGGCCCUCGGGGAAUUUGACCGUGCACUCCUUCGCAAGGGCAUGGUGAUGGUGAGCCCUGAGAUGAAUCCCACCAUCUGCUCAGUGUUCGAGGCAGAAAUAGUCCUGCUGUUCCACGCCACCACCUUCCGGCGAGGCUUCCAGGUGACAGUACAUGUGGGCAACGUACGUCAGACGGCAGUGGUGGAAAAGAUCCAUGCCAAGGACAAGCUGCGGACAGGGGAGAAGGCAGUGGUACGUUUCCGUUUCCUGAAACACCCAGAGUACCUGAAGGUGGGUGCCAAGCUGCUGUUCCGGGAGGGUGUCACCAAGGGCAUCGGCCAUGUCACUGAUGUGCAAGCCAUUGCAGCAGGAGAGGCCCAGGCCAACAUGGGCUUCUGAACUCCUCCAGGCAGGCACAGCUCUAUUGCUGUCCCUACAAUACAUAAGGUGACUUCCGGCCACGCUGCCCCAUGUUGGCGGCUCUGUGUAUUAAUAGGCUAGGGAGAGAGGGGUGCUCUCUGCCACUUGCUCCCUGCCACCUUUCUGGAGCAGUACCAAGUUUGGUGUGGCCAGGGAGGGGCAAUCCUGAGGGAGAAGACAGGAGAAUUCAGGGCAGUGUUCAGCGGCUGUGUCCACCUGGUUGGCUCAUCAACCCGUGCAACCCCAUGGCCUGUCCACUGGAAGGAGCUGACUGUUGCCACCUCGGCCCCACUGUCAGGACUGGGCAUGAUUCGCCAGUGUGGUCCCUGCACUUCAGGAAUUGUCACAACAACUGGGGGUGGUCCUCGAAAGCACUCCUUUUUCUAUACCUCUUCUCAAGGCCAUGUAAGUUGCCCAUCUCUACCUGACUGUGGAUAAAAGACAUCUGCUCCUGGCCAUCUGGUGGCCCAGGGUCUGAAGAAAUGGCACAGGGACAGUUAGUGGCUGUGCUCCUACCCUGUGCUGAGACCUGAGGCCUGUUCUUCAGCUUUAUCUCUGUUCCCUUCUUCACUCAAGGGCCAUUUCCCCAGAUUGUCCUCUCAUAGGCCCCACAGGUGCUAUUUGUUGUGCUGGCCCAGGCGUGGGGCUGCCAAGCGAAGGCUCGGCAUACCGAAGGUCAGCUGCAUGUCAAUCAGUCUUGUCCUCCCCUUUGCAGUGAUCUGUUGGUUUUAAUGCUGGAUCAAACAGUAUGUUUUCCUUUCCCAAACUGGUGGUGGCUGGGGACCUGACCCACAGCUCCCCAUCCUGCCACCCUCACCCCACUUCCUGCUCCCCCGUAAGUCCUCUCUUGUUUUAGUAAUUUGCAGUGACCAUCCCUUUCCCUCUGUUGCAGGGAACCUGGAGGAAAGGGAAAGAUGUUGCCAUAUUUCUACUUUUUAGGGCAUGGACUCCCUCCUUUCCCUUUUUAGUGUCCUGGGUUCCCAUGGACUCAGGGAUUUGUUGGUUGAGGUUUCUCUGCAUAUAAAUAUACAUAUAUAUUUAAAUACACAUAUAUAUAUUGUACAGAAUAAAAAUGUUUUAUUGAACACACUUUGCUUAUGCUUAAGACACAGGCUCAGCUUCCAGAGCUAGAUUCCUCUCCAGGAUUAGACAAGUGAAACCCUAACACUGUUGAGCCCUGAAUGGGGAAAGAACCCAUCUGGCAUCUCAUUCACUAUUCUUCCUUUCCUCUCCUCCACUUGCGGUCAGUGUUCCAGCAUUGUGACCAAGUAUUCUGGCCUAUUUUGCAUAGUUCUUUGAGUGAGCAGAAUAGAAAAUGAAACUGCCACCUUUUCAGCUGAGAUGGGAACCACCCUGUACUUGAGUUGGCCACUUGCUAAUGGUCACGGUGGUAAGGAACCCACUACUGUGCCCUGUCGCAAAUUUGGAGAUUAGCAUGCCAGCUACUUAACGAAGAGUGGAAUUUAGACAUGGUAAUCUGGUCCUCACGCUUUUCCUAGCCAUGCAAAAUAGCCUGAAGUGAGGUUUAUAUAGCCUAAACUGGCUUCUUGGAGCUCUGAGGGCUACCUAGCCAAACCUUAUUCCUUUCUUACUGUUCGCGUUCAGAGUACCUGACUCACGUUUUAUGGGUGGAGAAAUAGGGCCUAAGGUUAGUCAGUUGGAAAAAGUAGGGUCUGCAUUUUGAGUACUGAUCCUUACAAAAGAAAUUUAAUGAUAAAUGUGGCCCAAGGUCCCAUGGGACAUUCUGCCUCCAGGGUAUUAAAGUGAUAGCUUCCCUGGCACUCGAGCUCAGCUGCUUUUUAAAAUAUCACUGGUUUAAGUUGCUACUAAGGAGCAAGGGGUUGAAGAACUUUUUCCUGUGUUGGGAACUAAGAGCUAUUUACUUCCUUCUGUACAGUUGUGGUUAAACAGUUAUGAGGAAAGGUUCUAUUCAACAAAAAUGUACUAUAGCUUUCACCCAACACUGACUUUUGCAUGUCUGUCUGCUGUCCCCUCCACAGGCUUAUUGCCAGUAUGCUGGGGCAGGGGUGGCAUUUCUAAGAAAACAGAAGGUGUGCUGCUGGUAUUGUCUUAUCAGUUACCCACUAGGCCUGCCCCCCUCCACCCCAACUACCCAUCUUGGUCUCUAGAUGUCCAAUGAAACCAAAGUUUCUCCCACAUUGCUUUUCUAUAUGACUCCUUCCAGUCAAGCAAAGUGUUAAAAAUUUCUUCAGCUUGAUCUGUACAGCACCCAAAGGAGAUGAUUGCUUCAUCUCAGGUUUUUUUUAAUGACACAUCUCUAGGAGCUAGUGAGCCACUUUGCUACAUUAAUGGAACAUUUGGGAGGAUAAAAAGGUAUAAGGUUGCCUUCCCCCCCUCCCCAGUAGUAUGUACAUUUUUAUUUUUCCAGUUCUGGUGAUCAUGUAGAAGUUUUCACUAUGUAUGUUUCAUCCAGUGAAUAUCAAGCACCUAUUAUGUGCAAGGCACUGUGAAGAAUUCUUGCCUUCGAGAAACUACAAAUCUAGUAGGGAAAGGGCCAUGUGCACAGCGAAUGCUGUCUUUUAUUAGAUAUUUAACUGCUACAAAAGUGGAAAAUAUUUUUGGAGGAAGAAAUAAUUUCCUGCUAGACCCAGCGGUUUUCAAACGUUCCCCCUUCAAACUAAAUACAGACCCCUAAUUUACAAAUAAGCUUCAAAAGCAGGUGGUUUGUGUACAUGUAUGGGAGGGGGGAUAGGUACACCAUUCUCCCUAGCCACUUGCCCCACCACCCCCAGCUCAGUUCAUCUUCAUUUGGGUUCUCUGUGUAAUUCAAGGUUUCCCAUAUCAAAAAGCCAAAAAAACUGACUUUCCACAUAUAAGAGUGAAGGUGAAGAAUAUAGUACUAUAAACAUGGACAAGUGCGAUAAGCUACAAUAAUUAAUUUAAAACCCUAAGUGAAAUAUUCACACUUCAAUAGGGAAGAGAUGAACAUGCCAGUGACCCUGAAGGCCCAAGCACUUACCUCUUAAAUUUGUACUUCAGCAUUUAAGGAAAUGUCAUUGCCCUCUAGAAACCUGGUCAGCCAUUAGUAUCUUCUAGAUCAGUAUUUCUCAAACUCUAAGAUACACCCUGGGGGAUCUUGUUAAUACACAGAUUCUGAUUCAGUAGGGCUGGGGGUGAGGCUGAGACUAUUUCUAACAAGUUGCUUGCUGAUGCUGAUGCUCCUUAAAAUCACACUUGGAGUAGCAAGGUUCUAGAGAUGAUCUAGUUCUGAUCAUGACUUAUCCAAUCUAAACAGUUCCUGAACUGGCCCAGUAACACCACCAUUCUACAUUAGAACAAAAUGCAAGAGGUAGAAGGGCUAGUGGCUAAAAUUGUGGCUAUAGAGCCAGCCCUGAUGGCCUAGUGGUUAAAGUUUGGUGCUCUCACCGCUUCGGUGGCCUGGGUUCACUUCAGUCCCAGAACCACACCACCCAUCUGUCAGUUGCCAUGCUGCAGCGUGGCUCACAUGGAAGAAGCAGAACAACUUACCACUAGGAUGUACAACCACGUACUGGGGCUUUGGGGAGGAAAAAAGAAAAGAGGAAGAUUGGCAACAGAUGUUAGCUCAGGCAAAAAAAAAGUUUAUCUAAAAUUGUAGCUAUAAUAGAGUUUACAUGUAUGAGAUUCAGUAUUUAUUGAGUAGCUUUUUAAAAUAAACAAUAGGCCCAAGGUAGAGUCACUUGUACCCAGGACAGCAAAGCAAGACUUAAUUGCAGUUUCAGCCCCUGCCAGGAAUGUGACCUUAAACCAAUCAGUCUGGAAGUUCCUGAUCAACACUAGUGAGGUAAUCUGCCUGAUAAGACCCUGCCACCCUUUCCCCAAAGAAAGGUGACUGGUGACCUUGCCUGAAACAAUCCUUUCUUUUCUUUUGCUAAUAACUUUCUUGUCCCACCCAGUUUCUGCCUAUAAAUAUCUUGCUUUUUGUACAACUCCUCUGAGCCCUUUCUAUUUACUAGAUGGGAUGCUGCCCAAUUCAUGAAUGUUGAAUAAAACCAAUUAGAUCUUUAA